UUCGAGUUCACCGUCAUGGGACGCCUGAACAAAGCCAUCCUCCGCUACCUGAAGAGCGAUGGGAAGAUCCACCAGGUGGUGUUCAACAACCUACAGCUGGCUGACGGCCAGCGGCACAGGGUCCUCCUGAGACUGACCAAUCUGCAGCGGGGGCCGGGCUCCGUGGAGCUCUACAUGGACUGCACCCAAGUGGAUUCUGCUCACAGUCUCCCUAGAGCCUUUGCUGACCUCGCCCAGAAUCCAAAGUCUUUGGAGUUGAGGACCUUUCAAGGGAAGGCACAGGGCUUGUUUGAAGAGCUGAAGCUGGUGGUGCAAGGCUCACUGAUCCAGGCAGCCAGCCUGCAGGACUGCCUCCUACAGCAGAGCGAGCCGCUGGCUACCACGAGCACAGGUGACUUCAACCGGCAGUUCUUGGGUCAAAUGGCGCAGCUCAACCAGCUCCUGGGAGAGGUGAAGGACCUGCUGCGACAGCAGGUCAAGGAGACAUCACUCUUGCGCAACACCAUCGCCGAGUGCCAGGCCUGUGGUCCUCUGAGUUUCCAGUCCCCGACCCCCAACACCCUGGUGCCCCCCGCCCCCCCUGCUCCUCCGACACGUGCACCACGCCGCUGCGACUCCAACCCGUGCUUCCGAGGCGUACGCUGCACCAACACCAGGGAUGGCUUCCAGUGUGGGCCCUGCCCUGAGGGCUACACGGGCAAUGGCAUCACCUGCUCGGACGUGGAUGAGUGCAAGUACCGUCCCUGCUACCCCGGAGUGCACUGCGUGAACUUGGCUCCCGGCUUCAGAUGCGAUGCCUGCCCCGUAGGCUUCUCGGGGCCCCCAGUCCAGGGUGUGGGAAUCGCGUUUGCCAAGUCAACUAAACAGGUGUGCUCCGACAUCGACGAGUGUGCCAACGGAGCAUGCGUGCUCAACUCCAUGUGCACCAACACUCUGGGAUCCUACCGCUGCGGGCCCUGUGAGCCCGGCUACACCGGGGAUCAGACGCGCGGGUGCAAGGCUGAGAGGAGCUGCAGGAACCCGCAGCUGAACCCCUGCAGCCCCAAUGCACAGUGUGUCGAGGAGCGGCGCGGGGAGGUGAUGUGCGUGUGCGGAGUCGGCUGGGCUGGGGACGGUUAUGUGUGUGGGAAGGACGUGGACAUCGACAGCUACCCCGACGAGGAGCUGCCGUGCUCUGCCAGGAACUGCAGGAAGGACAACUGCAAGUACGUGCCCAACUCGGGCCAGGAAGACGCAGACGGAGACGGCCUUGGUGACGCGUGCGAUGAGGACGCUGAUGGAGACGGCAUCCUGAACGAGCAGGAUAACUGUGUCCUGACACACAAUGUAGACCAGAGGAACAGCGACAAGGACAUCUUUGGGGACGCCUGUGACAACUGCCACACCAUCUUAAACAACGACCAGAAGGACACGGACGGGGACGGGAGAGGGGACGCGUGCGAUGAUGACAUGGACGGGGACGGAAUAAGAAAUAUUUUGGACAACUGCCCCAAAGUGCCAAAUCGUGACCAGCGGGACAAGGACAGUGAUGGCGUGGGGGACGCCUGUGACAGCUGCCCUGAUGUCAGUAACCCUAACCAGUCCGAUGUGGACAAUGACCUGGUGGGCGACUCCUGCGACACCAACCAGGACAGUGACGGCGACGGGCACCAGGACAGCACGGAUAACUGCCCCACGGUCAUCAACAGUGCCCAGCUGGACACGGACAAGGAUGGCAUUGGUGAUGAGUGCGAUGAUGAUGAUGACAAUGACGGCAUCCCGGACUCCGUGCCCCCAGGGCCUGACAACUGUCGGCUGGUCCCCAACCCCGGGCAGGAGGACAGCAACAGCGACGGUGUGGGAGACAUCUGCGAGUCUGACUUCGACCAGGACCAGGUCAUCGACCGCAUCGACGUGUGCCCCGAGAACGCCGAGGUCACCCUGACCGAUUUCAGGGCCUACCAGACUGUGGUCCUGGACCCUGAGGGGGAUGCCCAGAUCGACCCCAACUGGGUGGUCCUGAACCAGGGCAUGGAGAUUGUGCAGACCAUGAACAGUGACCCCGGGCUGGCAGUGGGGUACACGGCCUUCAAUGGGGUGGACUUCGAGGGAACCUUCCACGUCAACACACAGACGGAUGACGACUACGCCGGCUUCAUAUUCGGUUACCAGGACAGCUCGAGCUUCUACGUGGUCAUGUGGAAGCAGACAGAACAGACCUACUGGCAGGCCACUCCGUUCCGGGCCGUGGCGGAGCCUGGCAUCCAGCUCAAGGCUGUGAAGUCACAAACAGGGCCUGGGGAGCACCUGCGCAACUCGCUGUGGCACACGGGGGACACCAGCGACCAGGUGCGGCUGCUGUGGAAGGACUCGAGAAACGUAGGCUGGAAGGACAAGGUGUCCUACCGCUGGUUCCUGCAGCACCGGCCCCAGGUGGGCUACAUCCGGGUGCGGUUCUACGAGGGCUCUGAGCUGGUGGCCGACUCCGGGGUCACCAUCGACACCACCAUGCGCGGAGGCCGUCUGGGGGUGUUCUGCUUCUCUCAGGAGAACAUCAUCUGGUCUAACCUCAAGUACCGCUGCAACGACACCAUACCUGAGGACUUCCAGGAGUUUCAGACACAGAACUUCGACCGCCUGGACAACUGA